AUGGCAUUAAUAAACUUAUCUGAUGAGACCAUAAUUAGUAACAAUAAUAUUAAUUUAAAAUAUGUUUUGAAUAAAAAAUGCCAUAGUGGUGUUAAUACUAAGGCCUUGCAUGAAGACAUUAAAACCUUAUUGUAUGAUGUUAAAGCUUUUUUCAAUAUUAUUAAAAUCUUACCUAAAAACUCUAAAACUCUUUCUAAUGAUAUUGAAGCCUUAUUUGAAAAUGUUGUAGUUUUUCCUAAUGAUAUUCAAGCCUUAUCUGAUAAUAUUAAAAUAUUAUAUAAAAAUGUCAAAGCUAUUACAAUAGAAAAGGGUCAAUCAUUUGAUGAUUUUGAUCUUGUAAAAAAACAUGUGUGA